AUGACAGGCGUCUGGGAUUACGAUCACCUUGGCAAGCUCGUCUUUGACCAGAAGCUCAAGGAUAAAAGGCAAGGUUACAUUACGUUCGGCAAGAAUGCUUUAGUGAUUUACCUCCGGGCAGAGACCGCCGAAGCCUUCAACUGGCAUUGCAGAAUUGAUAUUGAUUAUGCUACCAUAGAGCACAUCAUUCCGUCUCGCGGCAAUGGCCAACACGGAACGAUAACAUUCACCCUCAAGUCUCCACCGAAGUUCUACGACAUUCAGUCGACCAAUGAUCUACACUUGUAUGCCGGUGAGCAAGCACCGAAUGACAUCUCUGCCGCAUUGUCGAGACUCGGCAUCAAGCCGCCAAAAUCAGUUCUUCGGCUACAGAGACUAUGCAAGUUGAGUAACUCCCACAACAUGAACUCCGCUUUGUGUAUGGUCUACAAGAUCGCCUUCUUCGACACCCGAAGCGUUGAUCUCGCUUGGACCUUUGUUAAGCCCUUCUUCGCGGGACCUAACACAAAGUGGUUGAAGACCAUGGAGCCCACCGUUUUGACGGGCAGUAUUGAACACGAGUAUGCGGUCGUCAACAAGAUGCUUAGCGACUACGGACCAUCCUUUCCGCAGACCUUCACGUUCAAUAUACGUUACCAAUUGACAGCGCUCAUGCUAGAGGGUGCAAUUGCCCCGUGGAAAAUGAAGGAAUUGAUACCAGUAGUACAAAACGCUGUUGAGAAGCAUGGUACAGAACUCACCGCAAACGCAGUGCGUCUCCUUGGGAAGCGGAUACCGACGCCUACACCGGGGGUUAAGGCGACAGAUCUUACUGUAAACGCAAUCAGUCGCCGAGGAAAGCGAAUACCGACACCCGCACCAGCUGUUGAAGCGAAAAGCUUCAUGAUCAAUACUAUUAAGCGCAUUCUUGAUGAAAGCAUCGAAUGUUGUGAACGUCUUGAGGAACUUUCCCGGACUUGGGACGUCAAACAGAAGAAGCAGAACCACCUCGCCUUAACGUACAAGGCCACGGUCACGCCUACCGGUAUCCUGCUACGCGGUCCUGACUGGGUCGUCUCCAAUCGUAUAUUGAGGAAGUACAACACCCACACCCAGUUCUUCAUGCGCGUGUUCUUCGCAGACGAGGACGAGCUGCCGCCGGACCGUAGAGCACUCAGGCCGACGGUGCUACAGAUCCGGUUCAGAGGUGCGAAGGGCGUACUAUCACUAGAUACGACAUUGCAAGGUGAGCAACUGCACGCCCGAAAGAGUAUGACCAAAUACGUCGCCAAAGAAGAGUGGAGGGAUUUGGAAAUCUGUGGAGCUGCCUACAAGCCUCUCAGAGUGUAUCUGAACCACCAGUUCAUCAAGAUCCUUGAAGAUUUACGUAUACCUAUGGAAAACUUCAUGGCGGUCCAGGAUGAAGCUGUCACAGAACUGAAACUCAUGACGGAGCAUCCUCUGAAUGCAGCCAGCCUUCUCGAAUACUCCCACUCGGGUGAUCUUGCGAGAGUCCCGUCACUGUUUCGGCGAAUGAAUGAGAUGGGUCUAUCAUUCCACGCGGACAGCUUCCUCACCGACAUCGUGGAGGUGGCAGCUAUGUCAAGCCUGAGGGAUAUCAAAUAUCGCGCGCGUAUUCCAAUCAAGAACGGCUACCUCCUUUAUGGCAUCAUGGACGAAUGGAAUGUUCUGAAAGAGGGCGAGGUCUACAUUCCGCUACAAGAUUACGAUACGAACGACAAACUGAAGAGAACCAUACUCGUUGGCGAGCGAAUAGUCAUCACAAGAGCCCCUGCGCUACACCCAGGCGAUAUUCAGGUCGUCAAAGCAGUCGACGUUCCAGAAGGUUCGCCGCUCAGGGCACUGCACAACUGCGUCGUAUUCUCACAGCAGGGUCCGCGGGAUCUGCCUUCGAAGCUAAGUGGCGGUGAUCUCGACGGAGACCUUUUCCACAUCAUCCACGACACUCGAUUGAUCCCGAGAGGCGUUUAUCAACCCGCCGACUACCCUUCCACGCCGGCAAAGGAUUUGGGGCGGCCGGUAACUGCCGACGAUAUCAUUGACUUCUUUAUCGAAUACAUGAACAUGGAUCGAUUGGGACAAAUUUCGAACAAGCACAAGAUCCGCGCUGAUAAGGCUCCUGCUGGCACUCUGGAUCGAGAGUGCCUGCUUCUUGCCAAGCUCGCAUCCGACGCCGUCGACUUUGGAAAAUCCGGAAUACCUGCCAGCAUGGCUCAGAUACCUCCAGGUGGUGAUCACAUCCGCCCCGAUUUCAUGGCUCCAGGAUCGAACCUUAUCGUCAACGAAUUGGGCGCAGCUGAGCUCGAAGAGCUCGAGGGCGACGACUUCGACGAGGUGAGUGUGCUGAACGCUGAGAAACCAAGAAGUUCAUAUUACACAAGCACAAAGAUCUUAGGAGUUCUGUAUCGACGUAUCGACGAAAAAACGUUCUUCGAUAAGAUGAAGAACGCCUACCGAACAUCUCACCAUCGCCGGGGUGAUGAGACGCUGGUGCAGAAACUCAAGCGAUAUGUGAUGCGAGAGACCCGUGGAGUGCAAUGGGAACAUCAUUGGGAUUUCGCAGAACAACUCCGUGAAGCGUACGAAGAGAACAUGUUCGAAAUCAUGGACACACAUCGUCCGUCUCGAGGCUCACGUCUUACCGAGCUUGAGGUGUUUAGUGGUAACAUCCUUGGCAAGAAAGAUCGUGCACCAUCUCGCUACGUCCGCGAAGCCAACCUCGAGGUUCAAGAACGCUUCAACCGAGAUGUCAGCGACAUGAUCAAGAAUAUAGUAAUGGGUGAUGGAGACUGGGACGGCGAUGCAGAUUCGGAGGCGCUGCCGCGCUCCAUUGCGUGCUUCAUGGUUGCGCUGGAAACGGAUGGUUGGGAGAACUACCGCACGUUGAGGAGCUGGAAGUACGUUGCUGCCGCGGUGUGCUUGGAGCAGUUGUGGAAGUACAAUAACGGGUAUUUGCGCCGACUUUGA